UUGGCCUUUUUUGGUUUUUGGAUUGGUAAUUCAACGGAGAUAUGUACUCAGUUGAGUUUUUGCUGUGAUUUUUUGGAGGUUUUUGGUCUGACCUUUUGGUUUCCUUGGGUUUGUGCAGUAAGCAGAUGAAGCUUUAGAGGUGAUUAGGCUGCUUUGUGAUUUUUACUUACUUAUAGUUUCCCAUCUUCAUGCUUUUAUGAUUCUGAUGCCAUUUUUGUUCUGUUUUAAAAAAUGUUACCGUAGUGAGAAAUUGUUGUUUGAUGUUUGGUUUACGUUUAUGUCGAUUUUAGUCUUAAAAGAUACCAUCAAAUGGUGUGGAUCAGAUGAUUUCUCUUGUUUACUAGGAUGGAAAUAGAGGUCCUCUUUGUUUCCGCUGCCAAUUGUUCUCUAAGCCCAGUGAAGUAUGACUUUGUUUACAUUCUUGAAACCGAGUAUUCUGUACAGCAAGUUGCUGAAUGGAUAAUGGAGGAGGACAUAUUUUCUUCACUUAACCAUCUUUGAUGAAGUGUUUGUUUUGUGAGUCAGUGAGUCUUGGCCAGAAAGUGCAGUGGGAAACAAUUUGUGUCGUCGUUGUUUAUCUUUCUUGUAUGGGAGUGAGAUUGGGAAAUUUGUAUUGCGAUCCCCUGAUCACCUCCGGUGCUCAUAAAAUCACCGGAAGACAAAGGUGGACCCCAACUCCUAUGCAGCUUCAGAUUCUUGAACGAAUUUUCGAUCAGGGUAUUGGAACACCGAGCAAACAGAAGAUCAAAGAAAUAGCCAGUGAGUUGUCUCAACAUGGCCAGAUUAGUGAAACAAACGUCUAUAAUUGGUUUCAAAAUAGGCGUGCUAGGUCGAAGAGGAAGCAGCAGGCUGCACCAUCAAACAAUGCUGAAUCUGAAGUCGAGACAGAGGUUGAAUCCCCCAAUGAUAAGAAAACAAAGCCUGAGGAAUUUCAACCUCAGAACAUCCUAACCUCCAGAGCAGAGGAUCUCUGUUUUCAGAACCCUCAGACGAGUUCAGCAAUACAUUCUGUCGAUCCAAGAACCAGCAAACCUGAACCAAUGUUGCCCCCUGAAGGAAGCUCCAAGUUUGGGGGUAAUUUCGGGCAAAUGUCCUUCUAUGGAAAUAUGUUAUCAAAUCCGAGAAUGGACCAGUUCAUAGGAAAGAUAGAAGUUCCCGGGAACUACAAUCCUUAUUUACAGCAAGACGACUACAACAUGGAUGGAUAAGCAUAUAGGUCUCUUGACUUCUGGCAUAUGUGCUUUAUGAACUGAAAAUAUAUUAGUUUGAGCUGAUUAGUUACUUCUACUCGAACAUGGUGACUAAUGCUGAUCUUGUCAUCUUCGACUCCACUUUGAAGAUGAAAUUUGUCUUGCCAUUUUGUUGGUAUGACCAAUGAAGUUAGUAUUAUGAUACAUAUAUCACUCCAGACCAGAGUCCGGCUUUAUUGUUCAUUUUCGAUUUCGAUUUGUUCUUUUCCUACUGUCUCACUCCUUUGCUUUACGAAUAUUGCAGUGUGUGGAUUCUCUGUAGAUUUGCCAGAUUAACAUAUGCUCUUACUUUUGCGUCUUUA